AUGUUUAAUUCAGAAAUAUUCUUUAAUAUAAUUUUACCACCGAUUAUUUUUCAUGCUGGUUAUAGUAUGAAAAGAAAAAAUUUUUUUCGUAAUCUUGGAGCUAUUUUAAUGUUUGCACUUCUUGGUACAACAAUUGCUUGUAUAUCCACAGGUAUAAUGAUAUAUGGUUCCGUACGUGCGUUUAGCAGUUUAAAAAGUUAUUUUUCAUUUACGGAUUCACUUUAUUUUGGUGCUAUAAUAUCAGCAACUGAUCCAGUAACUGUAUUAGCAAUUUUUAAUGAUUUAAAUGUGGAUGUUGAUCUUUAUGCAAUUAUAUUUGGUGAAAGUGUACUUAAUGAUGCUGUUUGUAUAGUUCUUGCUCAAUCGAUUGAAAAAUAUGUCGCUAGUGCAAUAUUAGACAAAUUUGAUCGAGGUCUUAUGCUUAAAUCAUUAUAUAACUUUUUUAUCGUAUUUAUUGGUUCAUUUGCUAUCGGAUCAGGCAUGGGAUGUCUUACAGCAUUAAUGACUAAAUUUACAUACAUUCGAGAUUUUCCACUUUUGGAAACAACACUUUUUGUUUUGAUGUCAUAUAGUACGUUUUUGGCUUCUGAAGCUGCAGGAUUGACAGGUAUUGUGGCUGUACUCUUUUGUGGCAUAUUUCAAGCGCAUUAUACAUUUAAUAAUCUCUCUCAAGAAUCUAAACAACGAACACGUGAUUUAUUUGAAUUAUUUAAUUUUCUUGCUGAAAAUUUUAUAUUUAUCUAUAUUGGCAUAACAUUAUUUACAUUUCCAAAUCAUCAAUGGGAUAUUCGAUUUAUUAUUUUAUCACUUAUGACUAUUGCAUUAGCUCGAAUAUUAUGCGUAGUAUUUUUAUCAUUUUUACUUAAUUUAACUCGUAAAGAUCCAAUUGGUUGGCGUUGGCAAAUGAUGAUUAUAUUUUCUGGUUUACGAGGUGCUUUUGCUUUUGCAUUGGCUAUUCGAAAUGUUUCAACACAAGCUCGUUCACUUAUGUAUACAACAACAUCAAUCAUUGUUAUAUUAACUGUUGUAUUUAAUGGAACAUUAACAGCGCCAGUUUUAAAAUUACUUAAAAUUCGAACAAAUGUUAAUGAAGAAAUUGAAACAUCUGCAAAUGAUAGAUAUCGAGUCAUGGGUGAUAAUAAUAAUAAUAAUAAUAAUGUUGAAAGAAGCACUGAAUCAAAAACAUGGCUUUUAAAAAAAUGGUCUAAUUUUGAUCGAAUAUUUAUGAAGCCUCUUCUUACACAUAGUUAUCCUCCAUUAACUGUUACAUUACCCGCAUAUCUUGUACCGAUUACAAAAUUUUUAACAACACAAGAACAACGUAAUUGGAAUCGAAAUGAAAGAACAUUACAAAUUGUAAUACCAUCGGUUGAUAAUCAUGAUGAAUCAAUAUUGAAUAAUAAAUACGGAAAUUCUACAACUGAAUUAAUUGACAUGGAAGAUACAUCUUCAAAUUUAAAUGAUUUUUAUCCAACAGACUUUAAUCGAAAAUCAAAUGUGCAGAAAGAUCAACUAUUGGAUCUAGAAAUGAAUCCAGAUGUUCAAGCCGAUGAUGAAACGGUUAUAAGAAAACCUUAA